AUUAAUACCUGAACAGAUGGCAAGGUUAGAUGCUGUUUCUGCACCAAAGGAAAUACCAUUUCCAUAUUCUAUAUAUUCGAAUCUUGAGAAAUAUGUUGGUAAAGGAAUGCAAAUUCCUAACAAGUAUAAACCCGUUUUUAUGAUGGGUGCACAAGAAAAAUAUUAG